AGUAACACUUAUAUUGUCUAUGUUUAUAAUUAAAUGUGGUUAUCUUUUUUGUUUUUUUUAAUUUCAUACCUAAAUUAUUAUGUUUCAAUGUUGUUGGGAUUUAUUUUCAUCUAAAACAAAAGAUGAAGACACAGAAACGGGAUUCGUCUCCAGUGUUAUUCUACCAGAACCAGACACAUUUAUGCCGAACGCAGCCUGGGACAGAAUAAAAGAUGACCAAAUACAGUCAUUUCUAAUUCCUAUGAACCACAAGUCAACAAUACACAGAGACAAAAUACGUUUCGUGUGCAUUUCUGAUACACAUACACAAAUUGAAAAACUCAAAAACUUUAUUCCAUCAGGAGAUGUAUUGCUUCAUGCUGGCAACUUCACCAAUACUGGUCAACCAGAGGAAAUAAAACAAUUUAAUGAUUUUAUAGGAACUUUACCACACAAGUGUAAAAUAGUUAUCGCUGGUAAUCAAGAUUUGACAUUUGACGAUUCUAUGUGGAAUGAUGAAGAAAGAAUGGAACAAUCUUUUAAUCUAACAAUGCAAACAGUGAAACACGUGUUAGAAGAGGCGAAUGUCUUUACGAUCAAAGAGCUACUCAGUAAUUGUAUAUAUUUAGAAGAUUCUCUGGUAAACGUAUGUGGACUUCAUAUAUAUGGCUCACCAUGGAUACCAGAAUAUUGUAAUUCGGCCUUUAAUUUAAAGAGAGGUGGUGAACUUUUACAGAAAUGGAAUAAUAUACCUGAUAAAACAGAUAUCAUCAUUAGUCAUGGCCCCCCCUUAGGAUAUGGCGAUUUGACGAUAUCAAAAACGCAUGUCGGGUGUUUGGAGCUUUUAAAUACAGUACAGAGGCGUGUAAAACCAAAAUAUCACGUUUUCGGUCAUGUUCGUGAAGGAUAUGGAAUUAUUUCUGACGGAUUUACAACUUUUGUUAACUCAUCAACAUGUACUUUUAGUUAUACGCCCUCAAACGCACCAGUCGUAUUCGAUUUAUCUAUCCCUAAAGGUCACAGUAAAGAUGAACUACUAGAACUGACUGCAACGAAAUAAGGAAAACGCGAUGAUAAAUUAUAAUGGUUCUGUUUUUGUUUGUUUAUAUACAUGUGCUUUAUGUAAACAAAUAAUGCUUAUAAAUACAGGCUUACACACAGAAAACGAAAUAAAAGAAAGAAGAUCAUAAACCACUUGACAGAUUUGCAAUUAGUAUCUUUCUUCAAAUAACACGAAAUAGUCCAAAAGCGGUGCUUACAAGUUUCGUUAAAACACAAAAUAUCAAAAUUAGUAUCUUCCUUCAAAAAUUGACACGCUUUUUAUGUCGUCGAAAUUUAAGCCUUUUUAUCAAAAUUUUUGUUUCUUCGACAUUUUAAUUCUUUAUACAGACAUCAUAUAGUUAUCAAAUUCAAUUUAUCUACCUCCAAAAUUUAAGGUGACACUAUUUGCACCCACGGAAUUACAAACUUGACCCGAUGACUGCCCAUCGUAACUUUUUUUGUUUCAAGAGAUACUCAUAAGUGAAAUUUUAUAAA